UUCUGUUUUUUCCCCCCCGAGCAGCGGCUGCACGUUUAGAAAGAAAGUCAGCUUGAGAAGUUCAGACAUGCGAGUCGGUAUGUAGUUUCUCAUUAAAAAAGAACAGUCCUGAUAUGUGUUAUGUGAUAACAUAUUUCUAAACAGAGCGCAGGAACGCGUCUUAUCUCCAGUCCAGACGCUGUGCGGGACACUGCGCUUUUUCUGUCGCCUGCUGUUCUGUAACGGUGCUGGGUGAAGAUUUAUUCAAUGACAAUGACAGAAGUAAAGAAGAAGACUGAACGAAGUCGCCGUCGCUCAAAACGCAAUCUCUUGCCUUGAGCAAUUUUUAACCACUCUGGGAAAUAUACUGUGCCCUCAAGCAUGUUACAAACAGAAGUGCUGUAACCACUUUUUCGCUAUUAAUUUGUGAAGAAAAGGAAAGAAACACAAUGUACCAGGUAGUACCUGGAGGAGCUGGGGGCACUAUCACGGAAGGAUUGCCCCUUAAAAAAAUAAAUAAGGAGAGUCGUCCACUAGUGGGUGCUGGAGUUCUGGGUCUGGUCCUGGUCGUUGCUGCUGUAACGGCGUGGUGUUACUAUAUCGCCUCCCUCCGCAAAGCCGACCUCUUAAAGACAGAGUUAUUGGAUCUUAAUAAGGAUGGCUUUCUCAUCCGCAACCAAGCUGGGGGGAUUAUUGUGUUCAAGAUGGCUUUCAGAUCUGGAACCCUUGAUUUGGACUCAUGUUCUAAGGAGGAUGUGAUUUUGCGGUGCUCACGCUCCAAUGCUGGCAAAGUGAAUUUCUUUGUAAUGACUGUGAAGCCCAAGGAGACUGUAAUGUGCUACCGUGUGAGGUGGGAGGAGCUGGAGUCCGACCGACCGGUAAUGCACUCAAUGUCAUACAACGGCUCUCACUGGUACGGUGGCUCGGAAUCUGCUAUCCAGCACUGGCCCAUUGCCAUUUCGGGUCAGCAAGCGCCCAAGCCCUUUGUCACCAGUGACGUUUAUUCAAACCGCAAUGACUUUGGUGGCAUUUUGGAACGCUACUGGCUCUCAUCUAAUGCCACUGCCAUCAAGAUCAACGAUUCUGUGCCCUUUCACUUGGGAUGGAAUGACACAGAGAAGUCAUUGUACUUUGAGGCACGAUAUCAGGACAGUCCAUAUAAACCUCUUCCUGGGAGGCCACCAUAUGCUGAGCUUAGCUACCGCGUGUGUGUGGGCCCUGACGUGACCUCCAUCCAUAAGGUCAUGGUUCGCAGGUAUUUCCCCAAACCUAACAAGGUACCUUUAGAAGCAAUGUUCCGAUAUCCUAUAUGGUCCACCUGGGCUUUACACAAAACUGACAUUAAUCAGGAAAAACUUUUGAACUAUGCAGAAAACAUACGGAAACAUGGCUUUAACUGUAGUCAGAUAGAAUUGGACGACCGAUACACCAGCCGGUAUGGUGAGUUUGAAUUUGAUCCUGAAAAGUUCCCCAAUGCUUCUGGCAUGUUCCAAAAGUUAAAGGCAGAUGGCUUUCUGCUGUCAUUAUGGACGCAUCCCUUUGUGAACUAUGAAUCGUCCAACUUUGGCCUGUGCGUCCAGAAAGGCCUUUUCGUAAUGGAGCCCACUGGGCAACUUCCUGCUUUGGUGCGUUGGUGGAAUGGCAUUGGUGGCAUUCUGGACUUUACAAACCCAGAUGCUCGCAACUGGUUCACCUCCCAUCUGCGAGCACUGCGUUCCAGAUAUGGCGUGUCUUCCUUCAAGUUGGAUGCUGGAGAAACAAACUUUUUGCCCUGGCGCUUCCGGACACAGGUCCAUCUUCCAGAUCCUAGCACAUUCACGCGACGGUACACAGAAAUGGCCUUGCCAUUCAAUGAACGGGCAGAGCUUCGUUCAGGCUAUGGCUCACAGAACAUCUCUUGCUUUUUCCGCCUCAUUGAUCGUGAUUCUGUUUGGGGCUACGAGCUUGGUCUAAAGUCCAUCAUCCCUACUGUCCUAACCAUCAGCAUCCUCGGCUACCAGUUUAUCUUGCCUGACAUGAUCGGUGGAAAUGCAUACACCAAUCGAACAUAUGGAAAUGGUAAACUCCCUGACCGUGAGCUUUACAUACGCUGGCUGGAACUUUCGGCCUUCAUGCCAGCUAUGCAGUUCUCCAUCCCGCCAUGGGCAUACGACGAAGAAGUGGUCUCCAUCGCCCGGCGCUUCACAGCACUCCAUGAGACUUUGGUGGCCCCCAGAGUCCUGGAGCUGGCAGGGGAGGUACUAAAUACAGGUGACCCCAUUAUCCGUCCUUUGUGGUGGAUAGCCACUGGUGAUGAGACGGCCUACAGAGUGGAUUCUCAGUUUCUUAUUGGUGAUGACCUGAUGGUGGCUCCAGUCCUGGAACCUGGCAAGCGGCGGGAUAUCUACCUCCCAGCUGGCCACUGGAGGAGCUACAAGGGCGAGCGCUAUGAUAAUAAAGAACCUAUGCAUCUCACAGAUUACGCUGUGGAUCUUGAUGAGAUUGCAUAUUUUCUUUGGGUUCAGUGAUGCUAUUACAAAUCUUUCAGUGGAUGAGCAUCACAUGCUUUGCAUAAAUGCAUAUUCAGGGCUGUCGUGUGUUGUAUUUAAUACAGCUAGAAGCUUGAUGCAUUAAGACAACACAUUUGUGGUAUAUAAGCAAACAUUAACUGUGCUGUUUUAACCAAUGAUAUAAUAAUUUGCGUUUUGUUUUGCCCUGGCAGCUAGAUGCUAGAUGUGCACACUUUGCUUAUACUCAUUUAUCUUUUCCUUUCCUUUCUUUUACAUUAUCCUGACCAGGGUUUGCAGUUCAUCCCAGGAAUACUUGCGAAUACACCCUGCGUGGAAUGUUAAUCACACAGUGAGCACUAUCUAAUUGCAUAUUUUUGGGAGUUGGAAAGGGAACCUAUUGCAAGAACUUUCGAAAACUGCGCAGCCUGAAACCUGAGCUCAGGAUCAAACCGCUGCACCAUCACGUUAGCCCAUACCCACUCGUGCCUUUUUGAAUGUACACAUAAGACGCCAGGGUUGCAAGCUUCCUUCAAAACUAAACCAAAUGCUAGUUUGUGCACGAUUUUUUUUUAAAACAAUAUACCUAGCAUGUGACCAUACGGACUAUACUGGUUUGAUGGCAAUAAAUAAUACAUGUCUACAGCUACCAAUUAAUUUAAAAGCUUAGAUUGUUUUAUUUAGUAUUUGAGUACAUGUAAGUCAAAAGUUGGAUAGUAAUUGCUCAAAUGAAAGGGAAUGCAAUUGAAUUACCAGGAAACUCAACAAAGGCACUGUCAAACUGAGUAAUACAACAAGCAUGUACACUUCUAGAUCGUAUUUAAUGCUAUUUAAUGCAUUUGUAUGUGCUUGAAAUAUGGGUCAAAGCUAUUGCGGUUGAAUGCAUGGUGCCAUACAAGGCUAUAUAUAUUUUAACAGUUAUCUGUGGCGUCUUCUAUGCACACAAAAGCACCUUUUGAACGUGACAGGAAAUAAGUAUUUUUGUUAUAAAGACGUAGCUUUAUUUUUAGAACGCGCCCUGAGAAUUGCUAGUGCACCUUUCCAUGUUUAUUUAGAGUAGACUCAAUCUAGCACCAUUGCUUUGAACAAUAAAUAUGCUUAUAAAUAAUAUUUCGCAGUAUUGCAGUAAUAUUUCAUGGGUUGCUCUGGAAAAUCUUGGGUAGCCUGUAAUAGAGCUCUGAUCUCAACCUUAUUUGACACCUUUGGAAUAAAUUGGCACCCCAGGUCUCCUCACCCUACAUCAGAACCUGAGUUUACUAGCAUCCUUAUGGCUGAAUGAGCCCACAUCUCCAUCAACCACACUCCAAAAAUCUAGUGGGACGUCUUCUCAGAGGAGUGGAGGUUAUUCUAUUCAGCAAAUGGGGGCUAAAUGCAGGGUGGCAUGUUUAAAAACCACAUACGUGUCUAAUGGGCAGGUGUCCACAAACGUUUGUCCAUACCUAUAUACUGUUAAUCAGGCAUCAAUGAUUUUGUUAUCGGACAUUUGAUGCAGCCCUGUUUGUUUGUCCGGUUUAAAUAUUAGUCAUGUAAAGUGUACAGGUGCUUAGCAGGCAAAUUUAUGGUUUUAGCUAGCUAGUUUUAGCUAGCUACAUACUUAUUAAUUUUACUAUGUUUUUUUUGUUGUCAUUGCAUCAGAACUGUUUAUUAUCGCUUAUUAUCAGUAACCAUUAGUAGGAAAACCCAGCUAUCGCUUCUACCUAGCUAUCAUUUCUCAGUGUUGGUUGCUCAUAGCACGCUUUUAUUUCAUGUUUUCAGAUGUUUUAGCAAAAACAACGCCAUAGCCGCUGCUCUAAAUAUUUUCCGUAACUUACAUCCAUUUCUGUCGUCACGUCAGGUAUAGGAAACGAGCACACGAUCGAACCAGGAAGCCUCUCUGAUCUCUGAGCCGUCCAAUAAACUGUCAUGACAUUGCCAAAUAUGUAACACCAUCAAGUUUUCCUUUUUUUUUCUUCCCGAUUUGUAAUUCACACUUCAUAUUCAUGUUGUACAUGAGCUUUGUAUACAGUGUUAACUGGUUGUAGUGUUUUUGUAUUGUUUUUCCACUUCCAUGAGCUUUCUUUUUUUUUAGUCAGUGCUUUCUCACUUACUCACACAGUAGUUUGCACGCGGUCUUCCAAAGUACCGCUGCCUGGUACCGGGGCUAAUCUGGAACUUCACAGUUUUUACGGUUACACACAACUGUGAGCCCAUUUCUUUCUAAGCACACUCGAAUGAAUCUUGAAGACUGCUGUAGGAUUCCUUCUAUUAAUGUUUACAUGCAAUUCAGAGAAUAUGCACUAUAUGUCAAACUGUGUGUUUGUUUGGAGCUCCCGAAUGAAAACUUUCUAUAUAUAAAAUAGGAUUUUUGAACACAUGGUAUCAUUACAUUAAAACACAGCUUAAUUUACAGUUUGGGAGAGAAAAAAAACAAGACUUUUGCAGUUUUGCAGGUUUUUACUAAAUACAUGUACAUACACAUAUACAUUUAUCAGAACUGGCUUAUCAUGCCGGUUUCGAAACGUAUCCAGGUUUCUGUGGUGCAAAACACAGAGGAGGAUUGAAACAAACGCACUGUUUACACACUGCGCUUAUCUUGUUAACACUGACGUGCCGCUGGGGCCCCUAUUCAGCUCUCGCAACACUGAUUGCAAAACGCUGAUGCGCAGGAAAGUCGGCUUUGCACACGUACUUCACGUUUCGAUGAUUCUAUAAACUUCCCAGUUUUAGUGCUUAUGCUUGUUUCUAUGCCAGCUUCGGUUGAUCUUUCCGCUGUACAAAGAGUCUAUUACCACUAGGGGGCAGUGUGUAUCCUUUUUUUCCCCCCUUGAAUAUCCAGUUCUAUUUUGUUUCUUUUCCAUACAGCUAUAUUUUUUACAAAUAUCGAAUGAUAAGCUCUUUUUAUAAGCUCUUUGAACAGUAUACGGUUGCUAUUGAUCCAAGCCAUUAUUGCUACAGGAAGGUGCCAAUUCUUAUAAUUAUUAUUGCAGUGAGAAUGGUUUAUACAGUGCUGCAAACAGCACACAAGAAUACACUGUAUGCAUAAAAGUAUUGGGACAACUGACUUUUCCAUCUAUGUGUGAUUUUACUCCAAACUGGUACCCCAAAGCUGGAGGCACACAAUUGUAUCGCAUGUCUAUGGAUGUAGCAGAAUUAAUUUUCCCUUCAUUUGAACUACGAGACCCAAACCUGUUCCACCAUGAUGAUGCCUCUGUCCACAAGCCAGGUCCAUCAAGAUAUGGUUUAGAGUGGAAGAUUCUAAAUGGCUUGCUAUGGAGCUCAACCUUAUUCAACACCUAUGGUAAAUAUUGACCACACAUCAGGCCUCUUCGCCCUUCAAGAACGUGAGUUUUAGGCUUGUGUGAAUAGAGGAAUCUCCAGAAAUCUCCCCAAGCACAUUCUAAAAUCUAGUGGAGCAUCUUCUCAGAAGAUUGGAGGUUUUUAUAGCAAGUAAUCAAGACUAAAUGUCGAUUGAGAUGUUCAAAAAGCAAAUGUGAAUCUCACGGUCAGGUGUCCACAAACUUUUGUCUAUAUAGUGCAUUUCAUGAAUAAGUAGUGCGAAUGUAUAUUGUGUAUCACUUGGGUUGUGUGCCAUUAGGACAUGUACCUUUUUCUCAUGCAUUGAAGUGUCAAUUUUACAUGUAGUUUUGUUUGCCAGCACUGUUAUGUUAAGAACUCAUUGUCAGUCAUGUCUGCUUGGUGGACAAUAAAGGAUGUGAUUAUUAAGA